UAAAUAUCCCCCAGGCGAUGCGCACGCAAACGCGCUGAUGUCUCUUGGAAACGGGUAUGACACUGUGAGCACGUGAGUAAUCCCUGGCUCACGUGACGCAUACUUUUAGUCAUGGCCGACGACUACAGGCGACAGGGUUUCGAGUUGGAGAGAAGGAUAUUUGAGUUAGACAUCAAGUGUGCCAGUCUCAGAGCUGAAAAGCAAGAUGAUGACUAUUUACAGAAUGCGUCUGCCAUACUAGACAAGUUGAAAAGCUAUUACAGGCAAGGAGGGGAGAGUAGCAACCUUUCCAAGGUGCUUCAGGAUUACACACAGGUGAUCCUGGACAUCACAUUUUAUGAAGAGAAUAAACUGGUGGACCAGGAGUUCCCUGAGGACUGCUCACCUUUUAAAAUCCAGCAGCUGCUGCAAGACCUGACUGAGCCAGAAGUUUUGGCAGGGAGGCUAGCACCAGCACAAGAAGUGCAGUCUAUGUUGGGCCUUGAGCUGUUAGAAUGCCUCUAUUGGAGACGUGGAGCUCUGCUGUACAUGUACUGCCACACCCUUCAUCAACGAAAACAGUGGAUUAAGAAAAACAAGGACACGUUCCUUAAGUGUAUUCAGGAAGGGGUGCGCUACCUAAUGCGGAUGCUGCAGGUGAGAAACUCUGUGAAGCUCAACGAUGGUGUGGUGCUCCAUGACACUGCUACAGCAAGCUUCCUAUCUGAAGGAAUCUUCUCAGACACACACCUGUUGACGAUGAUGUACAUCGGAGAAAUGUGUUUCUGGGCAGUCAAGUACGAGGACUGCAGUGCUGACACUAUGGAUCGCAAAGAAGAUCGCCUCCAGUUUCGGGACAUUGGCACACAGAUCCUCAACAAAUACGUGCUUGCUUGUGAGGGCCCUCUGCAGGGCCAGGGCUGGAACACAGAAAAUGCCAAGGAAAUCCUUAGUAUUUUACAGUGAACCCAGCUGCCCCUGUGAUGAAGUUGCCCUCAAGCACCGACCUAAGUUCAGUAUUCAAAUGUGUGUCAACCCCAAAUAAAAAUGCAAUCCAUCAGGUGGGGUGUAAUGUUGUGGCCGGUGAAGUGGAGACAUGGGGGAGAAAGUGUAUGUGAAGGAAAAAGAGUCUUUGGAUCAGUGUCUACAGGCAACCUCAUCCCAUGCCAAAAGGCCUAGGCCAAAGCAGGUGAACGAGAGGUUAGAAUGGUUAAGGUUGAUGGUGUAAAACUGGCAGGGGAUGCAGCUAAGGUUUUUAAAUAACAUUUUGCCCUGUUCUGCUGAAAAAGCAGUUAUCAUCUUGAUUCCAGACUGUUCACUGGGGCACUUAUUUUGCUCUGAGAAUGUGUUAUAAUAACAUUAAUAUAAAUAUAAAAAGGUUAUUAAUGAAAUUUACCUCUUUUUUUCCAAGAUUGAAGAUAAUUCAGCUGAAAGUGAGACAAUGCACAGUAACAUUUUAUUUAUUUUAUUUUUUUUGCCGUUUUGUUAUGCUUUUUAAUAUAUUCUAAUUGCAUAUACAUUAUAUAUGUAUGUGUGUAUACAAAUAUACACUAAAGGCAAAAGAAAGGUGUUCAGAAACAAUUGACUGAUGUAUUCAUGACUAUUUGAAGUAUGUUCAGAUUUGUUCAUACCAGCUUUGUAAUGCGCCACUUGUAUUCCAUCUUGCAAAAUUACAUAUUUUUUUUCUGCCACUUCAGUAAUCUUGAUAGUAUAACUAUUAAUAGAGACUCUGUGUUGUUUGGACGAAAAAUCAUUUUUCUGUUUUUUAUGUCCUCGUUGACAAUAAACACGCGCGUUGUUUUAAGAAAAAUACGA